UCAUCGUGGAAAAAACAAUUAUUUUCAUCUCAAAAUGGAACCUUCCCGAAUAGUAGAAAAACCUGAGUCUGGAGCAUCAGAGAGCCACCAGGAAGCGGGUGUUUCACCAGUGAAUCAGAAGACUGAAGUGCAGAUGGCGUCUAAAGUUGGCCGAGCUAAACAAUCCAUAGAAGGCGGAGAGGCGUCAUCUAAGGCUCAGCCGUUCCACUCUGAUCCAGAUGAGUCUGAAAGAGCGUCGGCACCAGGUGGAGCUAAAUCAUCUCAAAUAAAGGAAAAAUCUGAGUCCAAUGUGGCUGGAGAAUCAGACAGCCCCCAGAAAGUAGGGGCUUCAUCAGUGGAUCAUAAGACUAAAGUGCAGAUGGUGACUAAAGUUGGACGAGCUGAACGAUCUGUAGAAGGAGGGGAAACGCCAACUAAGGCUCAGCCGUUCGACACUGAUUCAAAUGAGUCUCGAGGAGCAUCGGCACCAGAUGGAGCUACUAAACAAUCCAUAGAAAGAGAGGCGUCAUCUAAGGCUCAGCCGUUCCACUCUGAUCCAGAUGAGUCUGAAAGAGCGUCGUCACUAGGUGGAGCUACUGAACGAUCUGUAGAAGGAGGGGUAAGGCCAUCUAAGGAUCAGACAUUCGACACUGAUUCAAAUGAGUCCCUAGGAGCAUCGGCACCAGAUGGAGCUAGCGACAUCAGAAUUGAAGAUGCUUUCGCUGAAAUUGCAAGAAAAUUCACGUCGUUCAUUCAUUUCAAAAUGUUUGCUUUAUCUGGAAAUGGUCUCAGGCUCAGUGCUGGAGAAGUUUCAACAAUUAUUGCAGACAAUCCUGAUUCUGUUGAAGAUAAAAAGUUUGGAAUGCUUGAUCUUUGGAAAGAAAAAAAUGGAACGAGGGCAUCACCGACUCAUAUAGCAGAGAUUAUCCAGCAAUAUUUCAGGCAAGAGAGAGGUGGUGUCACUGGUUCAAGAAUCGAGGAUGCUUUCCUAGCAGUUCCUAAAGUCUUCGACAACGCUGCACUGUUCCAAAGAUUCGCAUUGUCUGGGAAAGGUUUAUCGCUCAGUAUGCACGAGGUUGGAAACAUAAAAGAAAAUGCAAAAAAUGUGGAAGAGAGGAAUCUGGAUUUGCUCGUUUUGUGGAAAUUGAAAACUGGAGAUUCAGCAACAACUGAAAAAAUCUGGCAACUGGCAAAUGCUUUCCUGGAUGAAAGAGGAGAAUCCCACCCAGAUCAGCCUCCACUGCAUCCUCGUCCAAUGGAACUUCCUGUAGCUGAGGAGAGAGCGGGUGACGCUGAACCACUCAGACCUGAUGCUGAACCAUCUCAGGCUGAUCCAAGACCAGUAAGGCAGGAACCUGCUGAACGAGUCGCAGAAGAAGGGGAAGCGUCAUCUAAGGCUCAGCCGUUCCACUCUGAUGAGUUUGAAGGAGCAUCGGCACUAGGUGGAGCUAGUCAAAGCAGUUCUGAAGUUCAAGCUCCUUCCAAUGUACUUGGAUCUCAAGGAGCAGGGAAGACUGUACCAGAUCAGUCUCCUCUGCAUCCUCGUCCAAUGGAACCUCCUGUAGAUGAGGAGAGAGCGGGUGACGCUGAACCACUCAGACCUGAUGUUCAACCACUCAGACCUGAUGCUGAACCACUCAGACCUAAUGCUGAGCCACUCAGACCUGAUGUUGAACCAUCUCAGGCUGAUCCAAGACCAGUAAAUCAGGAACCUGCUGAAAGAUUCGCAGAAGAAGGGGAAGCGUCAUCUAAGGCUCAACCGUUCCACUCUGAUGAGUCUGAAGGAGCAUUGGCACCAGGUGGAGCUAUUCAAAUCAGUUCCGAAGUUUCAGAUGUACUUGGAUCUCAAGGAGCAGGAAAGCCUGUAUCAGAUCAGUCUCCUCUGCAUCCUCGUCCAAUGGAACCUCCUGUAGAUGAGGAGAGAGCGGGUGACGCUGAACCACUCAGACCUGAUGUUGAACCAUCUCAGGCUGAUCCAAGACCAGUAAAUCAGGAACCUGCUGAAAGAUUCGCAGAAGAAGGGGAAGCGUCAUCUAAGGCUCAACCGUUCCACUUUGAUGAGUCUGAAGGAGCAUUGGCACCUGGUGGAGCUAUUCAAAUCAGUUCCGAAGUUUCAGCUGUACUUGGAUCUCAAGGAGCAGGAAAGCCUGUAUCAGUUUCAUUUCCGAAAGGAAAGUUUGAUCGAGCUCACUUUGGGGACCAACAUAUUGCGACUCAAAAUAUAACGAACUACUAUGGUCCUGUGGUUAAUCAAGAUUCUGCUCAACAAAAACGAAAAGAUGCACCGGGUGUAAUAAAAGCUGCUGUAGGUUUGGGUGAAAACGAUGGUAUGUUUAAAUUGAUAAUUUGUUAAAAUAUUGUGAGGCUUGCGAAUAGGGUGACAGGGUAUAUCUUUAGGGAGUCAUGAUAACAGGCUGCUCAACUAUUUUCACGAAUGGUUCGCAGACAAAAUUAAAGAUUUAUAUAUAUCUUUAGGGAGACACGAUAACUGGGCAACUCAACUAUUUUCACCAAAGGUUCGCACACAAAAUUAAAGAUUUAAAUAUAUCUUUAGGGAGACAUUAUAACAGGCUACUCAACUAUUUUCACUAAAUCUUCGCAUGCAACUAUAUAUGAUUUACAUAUAUCCUUAGGAAGACAUGAUAACAGGGCUAAUUAACCAUAUCAUGAAAGGUUUGCACACGAAAUGUAAGAUUUACAUAUAUAUCUUUACGGAGACACUAUCAAAUAUUCAAAAUUUACAUAUAGCUUCAGGGAGACACGAUAGUAUACCUAUGGUUACAUUGUCAACAUAAAGUUAAUUUUUUCUCGACUGAUAUGUUUGUAUUGCUUAAAGAUAUCAUUUUCGAAAAUUUAGUAUUGAUGCAGCAAAUCAUUUGUUACAAGUUUAAAAAUUUGUCUAAAAUAGGGGUCUUCACAAAGUUCAUUAGUUUUUUUUUAAGAAUU